AUGACUCAAGACGAAGGAGAACCAAUCGAUUCACUCAUCCCACCUCUUAGCACGCCGAGUUUUGAGGAGGACGGAAUCUGUUCUGAAUCAGCAGGAUGUGGUCGCGAUACCGAAAUUUUUGUUCAAUUCGAUGUUUUCAUCCGCAGGCCACCCAAAAAAGGACGAAAAGGACUGAUUCCACUUGCACCACUCAAUUUCAAGCAGCCAAAGUCGUGUUCAGUCACAAUCAACACUCGCGAGACUACUCUUGAAGCAUUUCAAGAUAUGCUUGUGAACGUGAUGAACAAGCGAUGCCCUGAUCUUGGAAAUGUGGUCCUGGCUGAUACCAAUUCCGAUAUAUCUAGAACUGAAUGGAUCAUCACGUUGACAAACAGCCGCCAAGGGAUGUUUAAUCGGUCUAAGAAGAUCCGUUUGGAUUCAGCAACCUUUAAACGAUGGACUCGCGAGAUCGAGAGGAGUAAACGAGGACGAGCCUCUAUCAUUAUCAAACAAAAUAAACCUGGAGACGAUGGGACAGAACCGGAGGUUCCAGCAGAUCAUCAAGCAGCUGUUCAACAAGAACUUCAAAGACAAGGCACUUUGGCUAACCGAGGUGGCUCCGGUCAAAAUUCGCAAUCUGACGAUCGACGUUCAAGUCAAGCUCCAUCAGCCUCGCCACCAUUGAAUGAUUUCGCCCUUGCAGCAACUAUUCGAAAUCUCCAUAAUACUCAUCGGAUGGCUGGGCAUUUGCAUCGAGGCUUUCCUAUCUACCGAAACCCAAUCAAUCCAAAUGAAGGGAUCAUCCUGACAGGCAGUACAAUGACCAUCUGGGCCGAGGCAAUUAUCAACAAAGAAGCUGGAGUUGAUCUUAAGCACCCACCCUCAACUCUCACUUAUAGAAAACUCAAAAAGAGGAAAAACAAUGAUCCUCCUUCCCCGGUCACCUGCGACCAUCACAAUCAACAACGAGGCCAAUCAUCGGAAUCUGAAGGGGAUCUCGAUGAAUGUUACAGGCUAGGCAAAGAUGUUUCCCUCAGCGAGUACAUCGAAUUCUGUGAAUACAAACCGGAUACUUGCUACGAAGACCUCACUACAUUCUGUCGCGAGCAGUUUAUCAACAACUACCACCUCUUUGCAACUGAUUUGGUCGUCCACUCGCUCAUUAAUGAAUACCACUUUCCAUGUGGAUUGGUUGCAAGUCUGCGCGAUAACGUCAAAAGAUUUACUGAACAUCUGAAGGCUAAAUCUCAAUCCAGUUCACACCAAGAAGAUCAUUAUGAGACCAGCCAAUCUGAACCUGAAGACUCUGAAUGAUUAAAAUAACUAAAAUGUAGCCAAGUUGAUUUAUAUGAGAAGAAACUAUUAUAUUUAGACAAGAUAACCACUGCUUUUAUACUCUUUGUAACACAAUCUAUCAUCCAUGAUGGUAGCAGUAGCAUGAUAAAUGGAUGCGAUCUCAUCAUCUGAAU